AAUUUUUUCAUCUUUAUUAAAUAUUAAAGUAUUAUACAAAUUAUAAAAUACAGUUAUUACUCAAUUAUAUUCUAUAACCUUUAAUAUUUUAUUACAAAUAUUUAUUAUAGAACUGCAUGUAAUAUGACAGGAUUGAAGAACAAAUGUUCUUAAUUUUACAUUAUUGUGCAUUCAAAAAAUUAUAAUAAAAGCAAAAGUAAUCAUAGGGACAUUUCAUAUUUAUAUUGGCAAUGUCCAUUUUACUAAAGUAUAUUUCAUCCUAAGAGUGGACUGCUCUUCAAUCAUUAUUCACAUCUUUAACCAAUUCUUACGAAUUCUCGUCUUUCGUUUUCUUUUGGAAAAGUAAGGCGUGUAUUUAAUUGUUUUUUCUUUUACCGCUACAGUAAUUGAAGGAAAAUGUUCGGACCAGGGGCUGCUCCGAUCGUGGUUCUAAUAGUGAGAUCGAGAAAAAUCCAUUUCGUUAUGUCGUGUGCUUUGAUUAUUGCAGGUCAAAAUACGAAACGAGAUACUGGUCGAAAAGUUCAAAGAGAGAAUAUACAAGCCGGAAAGGCUAUUGCAGAUGUUAUUAGAACAUGUUUGGGACCACAAGCAAUGUUAAAAAUGUUGAUGGAUCCAAUGGGAGGUAUAGUCAUGACCAAUGAUGGAAAUGCCAUAUUACGUGAAAUAACAGUACAACAUCCUGCUGGAAAAUCUAUGAUAGAAAUAGCUAGAACUCAAGAUGAAGAAGUUGGAGAUGGUACUACAUCAGUUAUUGUAUUGGCUGGAGAAAUUUUAGCUGUUGCUGAACCGUUUCUUGAACAGAAUAUGCAUCCUACAAUUAUAAUAAGAGCAUUUCGUCAAGCUUUGGAAGAUAUGGUGGCUAUUCUCAAUGAGCAAGUUAGCAUAGAUCUAGAUUGCAAUGACAGAAGCAAAUUGAUUCAGGUUAUUAAUUCCUGUGUGGGUACUAAAUUUAUUGGACGUUGGUGUGAAUUAGCAUGUCAAAUUGCUUUAGAUGCAGUUUACACUGUUAUGCUUGAGGAGAAUGGCAGAAGAGAAAUAGAUAUAAAACGUUAUGCAAAGGUGGAAAAAAUCCCUGGUGGCACUAUUGAGGACAGUACUGUCCUUAAAGGAGUCAUGUUCAAUAAAGAUGUCACUCAUCCAAAAAUGAGAAGACACAUUAAGAAUCCAAGAAUAAUUCUGUUGGAUUGCUCCUUAGAAUAUAAAAAGGGAGAAUCUCAAACCAAUAUAGAAAUAAUGAAAGAUACAGAUUUCACCAGAAUUUUGGAAUUGGAAGAGGAGUUUGUUAAGAAAAUGUGUGAAGAUAUUAUAUCUGUAAAACCUGAUGUGGUAAUCACUGAAAAAGGAGUAUCAGAUUUGGCACAACAUUAUCUUGUCAAAGCUGGUAUCUCUGCUAUCCGUAGAUUGAGAAAAAGCGACAUUAAUAGAAUUGCAAGAGCUUGCGGUGCAACUGUUGUUAAUCGUACAGAAGAAUUGAGAGAGGAAGAUGUUGGUACCAGAGCUGGUCUUUUCGAAAUUAAGAAACUUGGGGAUGAAUACUUUUGCUUUAUUACAGAAUGUAAAGAUCCUAAAGCAUGCACCAUAAUUUUGAGAGGUGCUAGUAAAGAUGUAUUAAAUGAAACUGAGAGAAACUUACAGGAUGCUCUUCAUGUUGCAAGAAAUCUUCUCAUUGAACCUAAAUUAGUACCAGGCGGAGGAGCUGUGGAAAUGGCAGUAUCAAGACUUUUAACAGAAAAAGCAGCAAGACUUGCAGGUGUAGAGCAGUGGCCUUACAAAGCUGUGGCACAAGCGCUAGAAAUAAUUCCAAGAACGCUUGCACAAAAUUGCGGAGCAAAUACUAUUAGAACCUUAACUGCAUUACGUGCAAAACAUGCCACCGAAGGAAUGACAUGGGGUAUUGAUGGAGAAACUGGUCAAUUAGUGGAUAUGAAAGAACGUGGUAUUUGGGAGCCUUUAUCUGUGAAAUUGCAGACAUAUAAAACGGCUAUUGAAACUGCUAUUUUACUGUUAAGAAUUGAUGAUAUUGUAUCAGGAAGUAAAAAGAAAAAGUCAGAAAAUGAACCUGCCCAACCUGCACAAGUCUCAGAAGAAUCUAUGAAAGAUUAAAAAUACUGAAUCUAUAUUGUACUUGUAAUGCUUUUAUUUGUUAACAUUUCAUAAUUCACGAUAAUUUUAUUAAAACUUAAUUCAUGUUUAUGAAACACUCUGUACUCUGUUCAUAAUAAUAAAAAUACUUCAAUAAGAUAUUAAAACUCAAUAUAAAUAUUGUCCUUCAUAUAUUUUUGCUUUCUUAUCUGAUACUUGUAUCAACAAUGUUUUAUAAACUGUUCCAG